AUGCCAUCACCUAUUGGAAAUUCAAGGUCAGAGCCUCUUCACAAUGCAAAUUCAUCCACAUGGGCAGCACAUAACCCAAUGCACUCUGUUAUUUGUGUAUGGACCCCACCAUUUCAACUGUCAGAUGCCCAAAAGGCAUCUCGCAAGAUCAAGCACAACCAGAAGGUGGAGACAACAAAGUGCAUACACGACACUGUUGCCAUAUACCUGGAUGAGCAGAAAAUGAAAAUCAGAUCCCUCUCCCAUGCUCUCGAUGUCACUCCCAAAUAUAUCAAUGACAUUAUUGGCAGUCACACCAAAUAUUGCAUGACAUGCAAGGUGCAGUUGACUAACGCUCUUAUUCAUGCCAAGGCCAAGGAAAUGAAUACUGAUCAACCUGUUGGUUCUCAAUACACCUUGGUUGAACUGCGCAAGAUGGUCGCCAAUGACCCUCAGAUGAAAAAGUUGACGAGGGAUGAAAAGGCAGGUUAUAUUGCAGCUCUCACUGAGCACUGUAAGCAGAAUGUAACUAAUGUGCAAGGAAAUAAUAUGGCAGCAGCAAGAGAUGUUCUGCUCACAACAGAAAGGGUUGUCAAAGAGCUUGAUGACUUAUGUGUUCGCACUGGCACCUAUGUGACUAUGUUUGUCGUCCAUGGCCAUAUCAACGACACAAUUCAAAGCUCAAUGCAUGGUACUGACAAUUCCAAUGAUUUUUGGGAGGACAUUUAUGACAUUCCAAUGGCUGACUAUCUCCGACAAUAUGAACAGUGGGCGUGCACACAAAAUCAAAGUGAGUUGUUGAUGUUUUCACAUUCAUUCUUUGCGGUGACUGGCAAAAAAAACAUUGCCAUGAACUACAACAACUACCAGACUGCAGUUGUUGAAACAUGUGCCAUCCAGCUCAUAGGAUGGCCUGGAAGCAUUAAGUUCAUCAAUCCUUCAAAUAUUGGUACUAUCGGGGACAUUCACAAGCUUCAUGAUGUGCUCAAGGAUAAAACUUGUUAUUGGACUGCACUUACGCCAACAGAAGUCAAAGCUUACAUGGCAGAACUUGAUGUGUGCUGUUCAGCAGGCAACAUUGUUCACCAGCCACACAAGAGGUGUUCUGAUGCUGGAGGCUCUCACAAGCGCAAGGCUUUACCCACCACAAGGAGAGAGAAGAACAGGCCCUCAAAGAAGGCAAAAAAGAUGGCCACUGGCAAUGGUGAGGCUCCCAAAAGUGUGGAAUUUGUUGUGUCAUCUGACGAGGAAGAGGAAGAGUUUGAGGACAUGUAG